UGAUGAGAAGGGUUGAAGAAAAUCACCUUUGAAGUUCACUACAUUUAGCUAAAGAAGUAGAAAGCCAAACUGGGGUGAUUAUUUCCUGUGACACAAUACAGCGUACAUUGCAGAGGAAUGGCAUGCAUGGGUGUCAUCCACAAAGAAAUCCUCUCCUAAAGCACAUGCACAAAAUAGCCCGCCUAGUAUUGACCAGGGCCCAUGCUGAAAAAGAAGAAGACUACUGGGACUCUGUACUCUGGAUUGAUGAGACCAAGAUAAAUGUUUUUGGAACUGAUGGCUUCAAAAUUGUAUGGCGUCACAAAGGUGAGGAGUACAAAGGAAAAUGCUGUGUGCCUACAUGAAUUUCAUUCAUGGUAUCAUGAAUUCACAGAUGUAGUGCACUAUAUCGAAAGAGAAGAUGCUACCAUCACUCAGAGCCCUUGGUUUUUGUGCACUUUUACAACUGACAAUGAUCCAAAACACACAUCUAAGGCCACUGUUGCAUUUACGAAGAAGAACAGGGUGAACGUGAUCCAGUGGCCAAGUAUGUCUAAUGAUCUGAACCCAAUUGAACACCUACAGUAUGGGGAAUUCUGA